AUGAGAACUUGGUUACCGCUCCGCUGGUUUCUGAUUUUGCAAUGUGUGAGCACAUCGCAGCGAAACUUUCGCAUAGUUAUCGAUUAUGUCAACACAAAGAUUAUCGAUAGGGAUUUAGUGGAUAAUUUGGGUUGCCAGGUAUCACAAAUCAAUAAUCGCAGUUAUAUAAAUUGUCAAAUGCUGUUAAACCGCCAACUCGAAAAGGUGAGUGUUAGAACUGAAUUGUUCUUUUGGAAACCAAAUGGUCAAUCAAUGAAGUUAUUCGAUGCUCGAUUGGAUGCCUGCCUUCUCAUGGGAACUUUUCAUAAAAAUCGAUUUUUAAACAUGUAUUCCAAGAACUUUAAAAGGUUCUCUAACUUAGAAUGCCCACUGAAAGCGAACUUUAAUUAUACGCUUGAAAGACUUUAUAUGGAUGAACAAGAUUUUCCAUCGUUCGUGCCGUCCGGAACAUUUCGGUGCCAAAGUGAAUUUUUUGAAAACGAAACCUUUGUUGGAACUCGUGUUAUAGUCCACGGAAAAGUACAGCCCAAGCUUUAAACAGAUUUUGGAUAAUUAAGAUACGAUUUACGAGAUAUUUUGAAUGAAAAAUAAAACCGUGUCUAAAUCAAUUCACAAAAUGAUGUUAUGUUUAUCUUGAGGUAUUU